AUGGAUCCAGUAUGGUGCAGAGAAUUGCCAGCUGCGAUCAUAGGAAAUUCAGAAACUGCAGUCAGACCCGUGGUGUCCUUUACACCAAACUGGAGAAAAAUAUUUGUUUACGAGUCUGUGACUAUAACGUGUAGCGUUCAUCCUAGUGCUCAAUGGGUCCACCAGUUUUACUGGUACAAAGACAAUAAGAGGUUACAUAUGAAUAACCAGAGUGUUACCAUUGAUUUUGCUGAUGAGACGCACACUGGAAAUUACCAGUGCAAGACCAACACAACUCAACAAAGUGAUCCAGCUAAACUGAGUGUUCUGAAUGGCUGGGUGAUUCUGCAAGUCCCCCUCUUAAUUUACAAAGGGGAUAUCCUGUCCCUGAAAUGUCACAGUUUUCCUGGGCGCAAAGCCCAAAACGCAAUGUUUUUCCUACACGAUAAACUGCUGAAUUCUUCAGGAGAUAUUUUACAAGUUGGGAAGGUGAAUCUAUCAAAGAACGGUCCAUAUAAAUGCAAAAAGGAGGUAUAUUCUAGCAACACAUAUCGAAUUUACAUAGAUGAUGUAUCUGUAUCUGUCACAGAACUGUUUUCCAGUCCAGAACUUAAAGUGAUUCCAUAUCCACAGACAGUAGGCCAUACACUUACCUUGAUAUGUGACACAUCACUUCCUCCACUCAAAGAGGAUACAGAACUCCACUUUGCUUUUUACAGAAAUGGUCAGAAAGUGCAGGAAUUUGGGACAUCGAAUAAACACCAAAUUAACUCAGCCCAUUUCACAAAUUCUGGAUAUUAUACAUGUGAAGUGAAAACUGUAAAUGACGACAUUAAGAAAAUAAGCAAUGGGUUAUAUCUUAAAAUAGCCUCUCAGGUUGAGUUGGAUGGUCCUCAAAAUUCAUCCCAACUGCCAAGGAUGGCUUAA